AUGCAUAGGAAUGUAGUGGGAUACACAACACUGUUUGCCACAGCAGACCUCAUUCAGCAAAGCAUUAUGGGAACAGCACUGGACAAAGGGACUGUGCACAAGCUAGAUGAGGUGGGACGGGAUACGUCUAAGACCUUUAAUGAGGGAUUUACUGAAGCAGAGACAGAUGUUCUGAAAUUGUAUAAUACAGACAUAAGUGACACAGAAGGCAAUAAAAAGGAUUUUGAGGAAAAGGAAACAUUGGCUCCAGUACAACAUGUUUCACAGCUUCACGGCAUUGACUGGACCCAGACUGCUCGGGUGGCACUGGUUGGGUUCUGUUUUCAUGCCAACUUCAAUUACCAUUGGCUACGGGGUUUGGAGAGGAUAUUUCCAGGAGGAGGGACCAAAAGAGUAUCGCUUAAAGUGUUUCUGGACCAGUUAAUUGCAGCCCCCACAACCAUAAGUGCUUUCUACAUUGGGCUGAGCACAUUAGAGGGUGCAGGAGAUCCCUUUGAAGACUGGAGAAAUAAAUUCUGGACUUCUUAUAAGACUGGAGUGGUGUACUGGUCAACUAUGCAGGCUGUGAAUUUCUCUCUGGUCCCACCAGUGGCUCGCACGGUCUAUGUUGGAGGAGUCGCUCUUGCUUGGACUGUCUUCCUGUGUCAUUUUAGGCAGCAGAGGAGUAACUCUCUGAGUUAGGCUUUAACUGCCUGCCAUAUAUGUUAAUCAAAACAUGGACUUGCUAACUUCUUAAUAUGCAAAAGGACAAACGGAUGUGCAUAUACAUAUAUUAUACAUAUGCAGAGCUGGCUGAUGUUUCAAACUGAAAUUUGAACUAAUCUUUUUCUUUGUCUCCAUUCAUUUGGAGAAUGUUAUGUAAUAAAUCCAUCUUUUAGAUGGUUUCAAAUAUGCAAAUUUUCACAUUCACUCAAUAAAGAUACAU